AUGUCUGAUGCGAUUCCCUCUGCAACUGCUGACCCAGACACUGUCGAAAAGACCAUCCCCUCAAACGCUGAAGACCGCAAGGCCGCCGCCGCUCUCUCCUCCCUAAACACAAAUGAGAUCGCAACGGAGGGUGCCUCCGCUGGAGCACCGUCUACUGCAAACCAAGAGGCUCUGGGAAGAGCUAUGAGCAGGCUAGAGAUAGCUGCUGGGCAAGGCUCGGGCGGCAAGACGACCGCCGAGGGACCAAAAGCUGAUGGGGUGGUGAAAAAGAAGAUAGUUAAGGUUGCUCCAACUGAUGUUACACUGCUGGUUGAGCAACUGGAUUUAAAUAAGAUCAAGGCCACGGAGUUGCUCAAGGCUUAUGAUGGGGAUGUCACCAAGGCAAUGAAGGCAUUCAUUGCCCCAUCUAUUCAGGCGUGA